UCUACAGUACACACUUCCCUGCAUUCUCUUCGCUGUAAUAACGAUUUCACAUUUUAAGACGGUGCAGUCACGUUCUACAACAUUACGCACAUAUCCCGAAUCAGCGUCCUUAUUAAGUAAUUCCGGUAUUUCGGAUACACAGCAGAAUUCCUCCACUACUUCAAUGCGACAAAAAUUAGCAAUUGAAACGAAUUCCUUACAACGACCAGGCGUUGAAGCCAACCAAAUGCAAGAUAAAAAUAGUCGUUCCCUGAAACGCGUCUUUCUAUCGAAUCGCACUAUAACCUGUAACGAUGGCUCACAAGCCGGUUUCUAUCUACGCAAGAAUCCACAAUCGAAAAAAUGGAUUGUAUUUCUUGAAGGCGGUUGGCAUUGCUAUGAUACACGCUCAUGUCGCGCACGUUGGUUACGCUUGCGACAUUUAAUGACGUCUGCACAAUGGACCGAAACCAGAGAUGUUGGCGGAAUUUUGUCACCACUAGCAGAGGAGAAUCCCUAUUGGCACAGUGCAAAUCACGUGCUGGUGCCAUAUUGCAGUAGUGACUCUUGGUCAGGUACACGUGCUAUUGCUGAAUCGCCUGAGAGGAAUUGGCGUUUUAUGGGUGCUUUGAUUUUACGUCAAGUUAUUGCUGAUCUUAUACCUCUCGGUCUAGGACGUACCGCUGGUGCUGAGUUGUUGUUAGUCGGCUCUUCAGCAGGCGGCUUGGGUGUUAUGCUGAAUUUGGAUCGUAUAACACGUUACUUGCAGCAAGAACGUAAUCUGUUUGUGACAGUACGUGGUGUAAGUGAUUCCGGUUGGUUUUUGGAUCGAGAACCGUAUACACCUUCUGCAGUGGCGUCAAGUGAAGCUGUACGUCAGGGUUGGAAAUUGUGGCAAGGUUUGCUGCCCGAAGAAUGUAUGAAAGUACAUACUGCUGAGCCUUGGCGUUGCUAUUUUGGUUACCGUUUAUAUCCAACUUUAAAAUCACCUCUCUUCGUAUUUCAAUGGCUUUUCGAUGAAGCACAAAUGAGAGCAGAUAAUGUUGGCGCACCAGUUACACCACAACAAUGGAACUAUAUACAUGAAAUGGGUGCAGCUUUGCGCUCUUCAUUGGAUAAUGUAACCGCUGUAUUUGCGCCUUCUUGCAUCGGGCAUGCAGUACUCUCUAAAAGAGAUUGGAUUAAUAUACGCCUAGAUGAUAUAUCAUUACCAUCUGCUUUGCGUUGUUGGGAACAUUCAACACGUCCACGUCGUAGACGACAUGAUAAGUUGGGGCGCUCUACUGAAGCUACACUCACACCUAACAAGAAACACAGACAUCCAAAUAACCAAAGGGAAGAGAAAAACGAGCACAACAAAAAUAGACAAAAUAAUUUAGAACAUCCCAAACGCCAUCAGAAACAUCUCACAAAAGAACAACGUGCAGAACGUAGAAGAUUACGUUUGCAGAAACAAGCCCAGCGACGUGAACAACGUGAACGACAUAAUCGUAAGCAAAAUAAUGCAGGCGUUGCCAGAAAAUCUGACCGAGAAAAUAAAUUACCGAAAAGGCCACACGAUAUCAAUGGGACAAAUGUGCAUGAACGAAAACAACAUAAAGAACGUAGACGCAAUCAUGACACAAGAGAGAAUGCACAAAAACCCAGGCAAGGUAACAAAAGACGACGAAAAGAACAGAAAUUGCAACGUGAAAAAGAAAAGGAACGUGACUUACAACAACAACAGGAGCAAAUUUUAACAAAGGCACAGAAGGAUCACUCAAUCAACCGUACUAAACGCGUUUCUCGUGUCCCCGAAAAAUGCAUUCCCAGACUCUUGGAACGUUGCAGCUGGCCACAAUGCAAUCAUUCCUGUCCAACACUCACAAACCCUUUAACUGGUGAGGAGAUGCGAUUUUUAGAACUCUUGACCUCAUUCGGCUUAGAUAUUGAAGCAGUGGCAGCUGCGUUGGGUGUUGAUAUGCAUACUUUGAAUAAUAUGGACCGUACAGAAUUGGUUAACCUAUUAACACAACAAGUGAGCUGAUUAAGAGUGAGUUAGAUAGAAUUGAAAGAGGUUAAUCGAAAAUAUUAGAAUACCAAGAAAUGGUAUUAACGGCAUAAGA